ACUCAAAAUAGGAAAAAUGUCACACUCAACGAAGGAAACAACUUCCCUUAACCACUCUGCACUCACAGACUCCAAUAUGUUUGUCUUCUUGGCUCAAAUAAAAAAUGGAUGCGAUCAAAGAGGCUGUGUCGCGAACCACAAAUAGCUUGUUGUCAUGCUAAGGACCCUCUCUUGUGGCUUUCCCAUGAGAUUGACGGGAGGAUGAUCAAUAGAGAGAAUGAUGAUGGAUGACAUCGAUGUUGCCGCGACCCUCAAUCCUCCUCUUAUAUUUGACUUGGACAGAAAAGAGAGUAGGGUAUAUGAGAAGAGGUGGCGGCUAAGAUUCUACUGUUGGAGAGUAUAGGAGAAUAAGAGUUGUGUUUUCUUCUGUUUGUUGCGUCACAGAGGGAGUAGAUUUGUGUUAUAUUUGUACAGGAAAAAAAAAUGAGAAGCGAGAAAACGAGGGUGAAAAGAAGAAAGAAGUGUGUCGCUAGGGUUUUCCCUUACAUUUGUCCAUUCUCGAAAAAGACAAUUAUGCCUUUUUCCAAGUCCACAAACCUACCAACAUUUUCUCUUUCAUGCGGGUAGGCGAUUAACAGCUAAAAUAACCGCUAACCGCAUUGACAGUCACCGUUAACCACUAAGUCUUAGCGGGUCAGCUUACGAUAAUGAUUUUCUUCUUGAUGGGUAACUGCUAACCGCAUUAUGGAUUAACGGUUAAUCACUAACCGACCCGACUAUCACCCCUUCACCCCUAAUAUUCAUAUGACUAUAGAGAAGUGCAGAAACAAGGAAUAGUUGACGGUCUUCCUUCAUCCACGUACCAGAAUCUGAAUGGAAGUAUCAUGGGCCAACUGGAUCCCACGACCCACAUGGAGAGAGAGAGUAGUAGACUGAACUGAGGUCUAAAAGGGUGGACUGGAGUGGAGUGGAUAGCAAAUACCCACAAAACCCCCAAUCCUCAACCAGAUAACAAACCCAAUCCCCUCCCAACUCUCUCCCAUCUCCUCUUCCUCUGCCCCCUCUCCGCCAUGGCAAUCUCCGCCUCCGUCACAGCUUCCACUUCCUCAAGGCUAGCCGCCGUCUACCCACCAGCCGCCGUUUCCCCCUCCUCUGCGGCCGCUAUUCCUACUUUCAACUUCGCCUCGAAACCAGCCAAAUUGACCCUCCUCUCCUCCUCCUUCAUCUCCCCUUUCCUCCCCACCACUACCACAACCACCUCCCUCCCCCGCCGCCGCGGCGGAGCCUCAUUCACAGUACGGGCGGCGAGGGGAAAGUUCGAGCGGAAGAAGCCCCAUCUCAACAUCGGCACAAUUGGCCACGUCGACCACGGCAAGACAACCCUCACCGCCGCCCUAACCAUGGCCCUCGCCUCCAUGGGCAACAGCGCCCCCAAGAAGUACGACGAAAUCGACGCCGCACCCGAGGAGAGAGCCCGCGGUAUCACCAUCAACACCGCCACCGUCGAGUACGAGACCGAGAACCGCCACUACGCCCACGUCGACUGCCCCGGCCACGCCGAUUACGUCAAGAACAUGAUUACCGGCGCUGCACAGAUGGACGGGGCCAUCCUCGUCUGCUCCGGCGCCGACGGGCCCAUGCCCCAGACGAAAGAGCACAUCUUGCUCGCCAAGCAGGUUGGUGUUCCCAACAUGGUGGUGUUCUUGAACAAGCAGGACCAGGUGGAUGACGAGGAGCUGCUCCAAUUGGUCGAAUUGGAGGUUCGUGAGUUGUUGUCAUCUUACGAGUUCCCUGGUGACGAUAUCCCAAUUAUCUCGGGUUCAGCUCUUUUGGCAUUGGAAGCUUUGAUGGCCAAUCCAGCUAUUAAACGAGGGGACAACGAAUGGGUUGAUAAAAUCUAUCAGCUCAUGGAUGCUGUGGAUGAGUACAUUCCAAUCCCACAACGGCAGACUGAGUUGCCUUUCUUGCUUGCUGUGGAAGAUGUGUUCUCCAUCACAGGUCGUGGCACUGUGGCCACUGGCAGGGUGGAAAGAGGAACCGUAAAGGUUGGUGAGACAGUUGAUCUUGUGGGUUUGAAGGAUACCAGGAAUUUCACUGUUACAGGAGUUGAGAUGUUCCAGAAGAUUUUGGAUGAGGCCUUGGCUGGGGAUAAUGUUGGGCUGUUGCUUAGAGGUGUGCAGAAGGCUGAUAUUCAGAGAGGGAUGGUGUUGGCUAAACCCGGGUCUAUUACCCCGCACACUAAGUUUGAGGCCAUUGUGUAUGUGUUGAAGAAGGAAGAAGGAGGGAGGCAUUCGCCCUUUUUUGCAGGUUACAGGCCGCAGUUCUACAUGAGAACUACCGAUGUCACCGGGAAGGUUUCGUCUAUCAUGAACGAUAAGGAUGAGGAGUCGAAGAUGGUUAUGCCCGGUGAUCGAGUAAAGUUGGUGGUGGAGCUCAUUAUGCCCGUGGCUUGUGAACAAGGGAUGAGGUUUGCUAUCAGAGAAGGAGGGAAGACUGUUGGAGCUGGUGUUAUCCAGAAAAUCCUUGAGUAAGAUAGUUUUGAGAGACGACCGAAAUGGAUUUGAUUCUAUUUUUGUCUUAAGGAUUUCGAUCUCCUUCCUAAAUCAUCUACUGUAUGCAAGUCAGUUUGAUAAUUUCCGGAGAACACUGAAUGCCAUGCCAUAUAUUUUUUUGUUUUUGCAGCUUUGUUCUUCUUUUGCAGUUCUCCCCUGAUGCUUAGUUUAGAUUGAAAUUCUAGCGAUGAUUUAAUGUGACUUGUCUUCAAUGUUCUAUUUUGGUAUACAAUUGCUAGUCUCAUACUACAAUUGUGUCUUUGAUUAUUGGUUGGCAGAAGGUGAUCUUCAGAUUAUGGCUCUUUCUCUGGGUAUAUUUCUCUUUGUCGUUGCACUUCCAUACCUUUGUGGCCGUUUCAGUUGCUUUACCACAACCAAUUUGAGAUAACAAAGCAGAAUGUACUAGUUUGAGUUUGCAGGUUUCAUUUGCCUUUAAUGUGGAAACCCUCUCAUAUCUCAAACCCGAGAGGAGGCCUUAGCGGAGCUCCGACUCAUAACAAAGCACCACAAAGAGAGCUACCGUUCGUCGCCAAAGCACAAAAGUCGUCCCGCCACUGUUCUCGCCAGCAAUUUUUUGAAUGUUACUCAAGGGAGUCUUCCCAGCAACACAGGAAAAACAAUCCAAAGAAGAAGGACAUCAAAGCUAUUUCUACGAUCAUAGGAGCAUUCCAAAGUUGGUUAGGCAAGAAAGGAGAUGAUGAGCAAAUUUUAAGAAGAAUGACCACCUUUGAAAGAAAGAAUCACCACCGGCUUUUUCGAGAUUUGAUAAAAGCUCUAAGAGCAGAAGAUGCUGAUAUACCAUUGCUACAAAACAUCAUUGCUAUGGAGAACUGAGGGAGAAACUCGAGAUACUUCCUGAGGAGGAUGAGAGGUUUGAGCAUAAAGAGAGGAAAAAAUUCAAAAAUAAACAUGUUUUAAAAAAAAAAUCUCAAAAUACACACGUUAUAAAAAAAAUUCUCAAAAUACACAUGUUUGGGCAUCCCCGUUGUUGUCAACCGCAAUGAAUGCAUUCACCGUGGCAUAUCAAAGCGGUGAAUGCAUCACCGUGGUUGACGGCCGCGGUGAAUGCCUGACGUAACACUGAAACUUCAAACAAACGUAACUUUGCGCU